CAUUCACUCUCAAUCGGCCUUCUGCUUCUCUAUCAGUUAGGGUUUGCCAGAGUAUACAAUCUAUCCUCUGGAUCUGGGAACUCAAAGGUUUCCGCUCCCAUGAUAUUUUUGAAUCGACCCACUGCCGCUUCAAACAAGGCGUUGAUGGGUUGGAGCUCAAGCGGAGAUCGUUUGGUUUCUGCUACAUGGGCAUGGUGGUUAGAAUUUAGGACUUAAAAUUCAUUGUUAGGCUUGCUGUAGGCUGUAGCAUUUUCGUUAAUGAGGAUUUCUCAAUUUUGGGAAAAGAGAUUGAAUUAUUGGUAGUGGUUCUUUUCCAAUACAAUUGUCAAGAGUGUCAACGGUAUGCAAACUUUUUCAAAUGAGAACAUCAUACAUUUGAAAGA